AUGGCCGAGUUCCUGCGAAUCAGAGCCGCUCGAGAGGCGGGCGAGCGCAACCGCGGACGCCCUAAGCGUAUGCCCGGGACCGCAAAUACGGUGACCGAAUGCGCGCCAGAUGAUGAUGAGACUGGUGCGCCGGAUGCUGAUGCAAUCCAAGAAGCUAGUGAUCACGCUUCUGGUCCGCCUCGGAAAAUGCCGCGCUGCGGCACCUGCAAUAAGUAUCGCACCGCAGCUACUGGUCAUCGCAAGCCCAGAAUUGGAGGAAGAUCUGCCGGAUGGUAUUGCCCAUCCAUCCCCGGGACAUUCGAGGAGUGGCUCGAGGCCCGAAGCUCAGAUACGCAUGGCAAGUCGUAG